AUGGCUCCUUGCUACACCUACGGCAAAGGCCCGGGCGGGAACUCCUGCUUAAGCAUCGGGCUCACCGCGCUGCCGUGCCCCGGCGUGGCGCUCCGCCUCAACACCGUCAUCGACUGCACCCCGGGCAAGGACCGCAUGCCGCCGGUCACCAUCGACUUCCUCAAGAACCUGCCGCAGCAGAGCGAAGCCCCGGCCCCGGCCCUGGCAUCAGCCGUCGCCGCCCAGCAGGUGACAGGCCGGUUCACGUGCAACAGCGGCGACUUCGUCCUCUUCAGCCAGCUCGAGCGCGUGGAGGAGAUGGUUGCGGCCGCGGGGCUGCCCCGGGAGUGCGCGCCCAGCGUGGAGGAGUUCUUCAACCUGUCCGCCUCCCACGCCACCAACUCCUUCUACAAGGCGAUGACGAUCACCGUGGAGGCCGGCGCGCCCGGGAGCAUCGUCGUGGACGAGUACGAGGGCGAGAAGGAGGAGGAGCUGCCGCCCGGCGCGGACGUCGGGGAGUGCGCCAUAUGCUACAAGGAGUACCUGGUCGGCGGAGCCACGUCCGUGAAGCUGCCGUGCAGCCACACCCACACGUUCCACCGCAAGUGCCUGGACCGCUGGACGGCCGUGAACCGGACGUGCCCCUGCUGCCGGGCGCCGGUGCCGGAGGAGCAGGACUACUGGGACGAGGACGAUUUUGACUACUCGGGGUCGGAGUACGAGUACGACGUCCCCGGCGAGGAGCAUGCCCGACGGCAGUAG